UCCUUUUCUCCCUUCUCUUUUCCUCUCUGGCUUGAAUCUCGGGACAGAGGAUCUGAACUCGAGAAGAAGAGAGUAGCGUCGGAGUUUGGACUUCGUUUGCCUUCCUAUCCACCGUUGCAUCCUCCUCCUUUUGAAAACGUUUGAUCUCAGAGUCGCUUCGAGGGAGUUCGUCCACUUUUUCCAACGGGCUUCCGCUUUUUGGAGGGAUAUUAGUCGCGAAUUGGCGAAUUAGAUAAUCGGACAAGAAAUCUGUUCCAGAUAUUUCAGAUAGCGACUGAAUGGGAAAUAAUGAAAAAAAUGAUGUCUCCAAAAACCGAGAAAAUGCCUUCACCUGUGCAGUUGCAGCAGCAACCUGCAUUUCAUCCACAUGCUGACUGGGCAGCUAUGCAGGCAUAUUAUGGCCCUGGUUAUGCACCUCGUCCAUACUUGUGAUGCUUCCUCCUUAUUUCAGCGCUUCAAUUGUGCCUGGUUAUGUGCCUCAUCCAUACAUUUAAAUUAUUUGAUAAUGUUUAACUAUAGAGUCUUCAAUUGCAACUUUAUCUAAAAGGAGAUUUAUUAUUUAUAAAAGGUGAACCAUGUCUUAGUUUAUGUAAGUGGCAUUAUUCUUGCCUUCAAACUUUUAUGUAUAAUUAAUAAACAAAAGAGGAAUUGGCACGUCAUAUGUAUCAACAGUUACUCUCUUCAAACUGAUCAAACUGUAUACACAACUAGUGCUAAGUUGAUAUAUUGACACCAAAUUGGAGAAUAGUCUAACAUCUUUAACAGUUUACAAGCUAGUACUUGGAGGAAAUUAUGGUGAGGUGCGGAAGGGAAUACUCCAGUAGAAACACAGAAACUGAAUGAUUUGCAAGAAUAGAGAUGUGCACAUACAUUAAGAUUUCACAAUGUAAAUGAAGUGUCAACUGUUGGUCAAUCAACUAAGAAUCGAACUGCAAAAGAAUGUUAUUAGACACAGCAUAUUCACUGUAUAAGAUGAGUAUUAUCAUGACUUUCAUCAGUCUUGAUGUUGUUAUUUUUCAUGGACUCAGCCCUUUAUCCCUCCUUUUGGGUCACCAUAUGCUGGAAUGUAUCCUAAUGGAGCUUAUCCUCACUCAAUGAUACCUCCCCUAAGUGGUUCUUUGCGACCUACCAUCUUUUCUACAUUGAACUUUGCUUGGGGUGUGGGAUAUAUGGCAGCUAGUUUAUGCACAGAAUAAAAUGUGCCUGAUAAUUUAUUAGAAUUUCUUUCAUUGUGCAUCAUGUUUUUAUUUGCAGGGUGCCCAAUCCUGCAGCAACUGCAGCAGUAGCAGUGAGGAAUAUUUACUUGCAAUUUAUUUAUUGAUAUUGGUUAUAGUGUUUCAUUAGAAGCAUAAAUUCUUUCCCUGGAGUUCAACUUUCUUCGCAUAUUUGGCCCUAUUUUACAGAUGGCAACUCCUUUGAGUGUAAAGGCUCCUAAUACAUCACUAGGGAGCAAGGACAAAGGGCUAACAACUAAGCUUAAUGCUGCUGUGGGCAAUAUAACUUCAAAUACUGCUGCAAGUGCUCGACGACAUGAGCUGCAAGGACAAAGGGCUAACAGCUAAGCUUAAUGCUGCUGUGGGCAAUAUAACUUCAAAUACUGCUGCAAGUGCUCGACAACAUGAGCUGUCACAUAGGUUUUUCUGAGUGCAUAUUUGUGGAUUAGCAUUGCUGAAAUUCAGUGAGCAAAAGUUUGCUUUCAGUGGAGAUCCAAGUAUGUCUUUAUCACACAUGUACAGUGAUUAUAAUAGUGCAGAUUGGUCUAGCAAUGGAAGUGAUGGGAGUAAUUCAGCCAGAGUAAUGCCCGUUUUCCUUUUUUCAAUUCCUUUGUUGCUUUCAAUAAUGUCUAGUACUUUUAUGGGAUCGCACGAAUAUCACAUCUAUUCAGAAUACCCUCUCUUGUAAUAGGGAUCUAGCAACCAAAGAAAUGUUGGUUCUGAAGAUAGACCAUCAUCAGCUAUCAUUGUCCAAGCUAGCUUAUGAUAGAAAAAGUGACACGGAUUCUAAUCCUGUCAAUGAUGGAGAAAGAAGCACAUCCUUGAAAGUUUCUUCAGGAGUUUCUGGGACAGCUGGUCUAGCUCAAGCAUUUUCAGUGAAAAAAAAUGGCACACCUGUGCCUCAAACAACUAUGAUACCUGGUUGUGACGGUGUACCUUCUGAACCAUAUAGAUGCAGGAUAGACUGAAAAACUCCCAAUUGAUCUAAGCAGAACUAUUGUCUCUUCCGGAAGAGGAGAUUGGAACUGCACCAUCAAUUUGCUGCUGCAAACUUCUUGUCAAUGAUCGAUAAACCAAGCUCGAUUAGUCCACUGAAAAGCUAGAAGAUGGCAGCUGUGGCAGGCCCAGAGAUGGGUAUAUUCCUGGGAAUUACGCACGUGUCUAUGUCCUGAGUCAAUCCUCGUUGCCACUGUAGACGAAACCAAAUUCACAAAUUAGCUUCCUGAAUUGCAUGCCCUAUUUUCCGCUCUUUGGUUCAUCGAAUCUGGACGCCAUUUCGAUGAGGAUGUCGACAUUCAUUGAACCUCGGUAGGAGCUGAGCAUCCAUCCCAUUAAGCAGACCCAACAAAUCAAACCUUUGGCGACUCGUCGGGUUCUUUCUCCUCCUCCUCCUCACUUUGUGCUUCCGCUCUCCGUCUUCUCUCCGAGUUCCGAGAGAAUCAGCCAAUCACAAGAAGCCUAAACCCUGACUCACUUAUCUUUGAUGAUCUAGGAACGGCAGUUGCGGUUCUUCGCUUUCUCUGCUUUCAUGGAGGAGUUGACGAAAUCUUCCCGUGCUCAUAGGUUCGUGGAAAAGAACAUGCUGUCCAUGGAUUUUGCUUCCUGCAGCUCAAUGCAAUCAGGAGGUCAAUUCAGUACUCAAGUGAAGAUACCAGUUGAUUUGCUUCCAAAUGUGUACGAUUACACUCCCAUCAUAGAAGGGUCAAAAAGUGAAUCAAAUGAUUUUAUCAGAUUUGUGAGUCCAAGAAAUCUGUUGCUUGCCGUGAGUUUGGGUCAGUCAAGCACAACAGGCAGCAUUUCAAGAAUUUCGUCAGCUAAGGAAACUGAUGAAGAAUCCUCUGCGAUCCUAGGACUUAAUUAUCAGCUUCAUCUUGGCAGCAGCAAUAUCUCAAGUAAUAGCAAGUCAUCAGUUACUAGUCCAAAAGUUUCUCAUACUGGAAAGCUGUUUGGCUUAGAAGUAAGUCCAUCAACUGGAUCUUCUGAAUCUGCUCUAUCUAAUGCCGACCAUUUAACUACAGGACAACAAUUGAAAAGCUUGAAUUCUUCCGUAGUACCAAACCCUGUGCUGAUCAGCAAUGAAGAGAGAUCAACAGGGACUUGCUGGAUAUUUGGGGCAUGCCUUGGACUUGGCCAAUCCAACUUAGAAACAGCUAGUAGCAGCUUUGCUAUGCAGAUGAAAAUGUGUGCUGAAGCUGAUUCUACUUCAGCGGUUCUAGAUUCCCCAUCGACCAAUAUGCAAUCAUUGAAAAACCCAGUUUUCGUCCCUUCCGGGGUUUCUAAUUCUCAAAAACACAGCAGGAGUAUUAAGCACUGUCAGUUCCAGGGAUGUACGAAGGGCGCAAGAGGCGCUUCUGGCCUAUGUAUAGCUCAUGGCGGGGGACGAAGGUGCCAGCGACUCGGCUGCCAAAAGGGAGCAGAGGGAAGGACAAUAUAUUGCAAAGCUCAUGGAGGUGGUCUUCGGUGCCAGUUUCUUGGCUGCACAAAAGGUGCUGAUGGUCGUACCGAUUACUGCAUUGCACACGGCGGUGGUCGGCGCUGCAGCCAUCCAACUUGCAUUCGUGCCGCGAGGGGAAAAUCCGGAUUGUGCAUCCGGCAUGGCGGUGGCAAAAGGUGUCAGAGGGAGGACUGCACAAGGAGCGCAGAAGGUUCUUCGGGCCUCUGCAUUUCCCAUGGAGGUGGGAGGCGCUGCCACUUUAAGGAUUGUACAAAAGGUGCUCAAGGCAGCACGCUGUUUUGUAAGGCUCAUGGCGGCGGCAAGAGGUGCACAUUUCCGGAAUGCACAAAAGGGGCCGAGGGGAGCACUCUCCUCUGCAAGGGGCACGGCGGAGGGAAGCGUUGCUCGUAUCAGGAGGGUGGAGAUGUUUGCCCAAAGAGCGUGCAUGGAGGAACUCCAUUCUGUGUAGCCCACGGUGGCGGGAAGCGGUGUUCGGUCUCCGGGUGCAUUAGAAGUGCCAGAGGCCGGACUAGUUUCUGUGUCCGGCACGGCGGCGGAAAACGCUGCAAGUUCGAUGGAUGCGAUAAGAGCGCACAGGGAAGAACCGAUUUUUGCAAAGCGCAUGGCGGAGGUAGGCGAUGUUCAUGGGGGCAAGUCGGGUCGCUCUGUGAAAAGUCCGCGAGGGGGAAAGCAAGUCUGUGUGCUGUUCACGAUGCUCUUGUGCGGGACCAUCGUGUUCAUGGCGGUGGCAUGGUUCGGCCAAAGCCCGAUCCAACACCCACUGAGCUUGACGAGAUGAAAGCAAUUGUCACUGAACUAGGUCCUUCUGUGAAGCUGGAGAGCAAGGAAGCAGUGCAUUGUCUACUUUCUCAGUCUGAGUAUUAUGCUUUCGAAGGUAGGGUUCGUGGAGCCAGUUUAAUUCCAACAAUCACUGCGAAUGCAACCUACCUUUAGAUGCCACGUAUAAGCUAAUAAGCUAUUACUUGGGUUCCAUAUAUAUAUUUAUCCUCCUGUUUUGAUUUUUA